GUUUGGCACCUGAACGACAUCUGACAGGGUGUCAGCUGGUCAGCUUUUGAAUACUCUGGAAGAUGGAAAAUUCUUCAGUAUGGUUUGGCGACUGUCUACUCCCCUGUCAUCAUCAAUCCCUUCUAGUUGCCAGGGAAUGAGACGCUCGUCAUAUUCGCUACGUCUGACCGCUGGGAGACGGUCAACAGCACCGCACAAUUGCAUUGGCAUGACUGGAGUGGAAAUGUGAUCAGCUCGAUGACCACGCCAUUCUCCAUCCCGACUCUGGACAACUCGCUUAUCUACGAGGGAACCGGCCUCGACGCUAUUCUGCCCCAUGGUCACAAUGACAAUGACAUCUGGCUCCUGAUGAACGUGACCGCUAUUGUGGAUAUGAAACUUGUGACCAGCGGCGAGUACUACGUAUGCCCUUUCUGUUUCCAAAUUCCGGUACGAACAGCCUGUGCUGACGAAUAUUUUGUACAUUGGUUCACUCCGGUCUCGCUCGCCUAUUCCAACCUCAUCGACCCACAGAUCGCUGGUGGCGUGGGUGCUUGGACGUGGCUUGAUCACCCUUCAGGGACGGUUGGGUACUUCUUUGAUCCCACGACUGGGCUUCCUUCAAAUGGUUACUGCCUCAUUCCUGGUAUCGAUCGCACUGUUCAAUUCAUAUCCAGCGUGGAACUUGCGACUGUCCAAAGUCCUGAUCCCGCCGACUUCGUAGUGAGGUCGUUGUGGAAUAACACUCAUAUUUAA